GCGCCGGGCAGCGGGAGCGGCGGCCGCGCCAUGUGGCUGCUGGGGCCGCUGUGCCUGCUGCUGAGCAGCGCCGCGGAGAGCCAGCUGCUCCCCGGGAACAACUUCACCAACGAAUGCAACAUCCCGGGCAACUUCAUGUGCAGCAACGGGCGGUGCAUCCCGGGUGCCUGGCAGUGUGACGGGCUCCCCGACUGCUUCGACAAGAGCGACGAGAAGGAGUGCCCCAAGGCCAAGUCGAAGUGCGGCCCCACAUUCUUCCCCUGCGCCAGCGGCAUCCACUGCAUCAUUGGCCGCUUCCGGUGUAACGGGUUUGAGGACUGCCCCGACGGCAGCGACGAAGAGAACUGCACUGCUAACCCCCUGCUCUGCUCCACCGCCCGCUACCACUGCAAGAACGGCCUGUGCAUCGACAAGAGCUUCAUUUGCGAUGGGCAGAAUAACUGUCAAGACAACAGCGACGAGGAAAGCUGUGAAAGUUCUCAAGAACCAGGCAGCGGGCAGGUGUUUGUGACUUCAGAGAACCAGCUCGUGUACUACCCCAGCAUCACCUACGCCAUCAUCGGCAGCUCUGUCAUCUUCGUGCUGGUCGUGGCCCUGCUGGCCCUGGUCUUGCACCACCAGCGGAAGCGGAACAACCUCAUGACACUUCCGGUUCACCGACUGCAGCACCCUGUGCUGCUGUCCCGCCUGGUUGUCCUGGACCACCCUCACCACUGCAACGUGACCUACAACGUCAACAACGGCAUCCAGUACGUGGCCAGCCAGGCUGAGCAGAAUGCCUCAGAAGUAGGUUCCCCACCUUCCUACUCAGAGGCCCUGCUGGACCAAAGACCUGCCUGGUACGACCUCCCUCCGCCGCCCUACUCUUCCGACACGGAGUCUUUGAACCAAGCCGACCUGCCACCCUACCGCUCACGAUCCGGGAGCGCCGACAGCGCCAGCUCCCAGGCCACCAGCAGCCUCCUGAGUGUGGAUGACACCGGACACAGCCCGGGGCAGCCUGGCCCUCCGGAGGACUGCCCCCAGUCUAGGGACGCUGGGCCCAGCCAGGGCACUGAAGAUGUAUAAGAUCCUAUUAUUCCAAAGUUCAUCUGGGUUCAUCUGCUCUGACUUGUUGCCACGUCCUAACGGCCCAUGAGAAGCUCUCUAAGCACCUUGCCAGGUGUGGCGAGCUGCAGAGGGGGGGUGUCAGCUGUCCCUCCGUUCCCCGCCCCUCUUCACCCCCAGAUUUCAGGGACAGUCUUCGGCGGGUGACCUGCCAGUUGUGCUGGCCUCUCAGUUGGCGUUAUGUAUUUGUGCCUCUUGGCUGUGAGGUCGCUCUUCCUCCCAUCAUUCUCUUACCAUCGGGCUUCCUCUGAGUCGGAGUUGCAGAUCUGCAGGCGGCAGGAUACAGUGGUCUUUAAGUAGCCUUUGAGAAAGCCCGUGUUUCUGUGCCAUGUCGGAUGUUGGGAGAAAGAGAAGACCCUGGCCCAGGAUCUCCUCUGGGCUGCUACUUUAUAGCUACGUUCUGGGCCUUGGGUGAUCCUACAGGAAGCACUCCUUACUGGCCACUCUCAAAAGAGUGCAGCUGAGCCCCAAAACCUGCCUUGCCCUGUAGUGUGUGUUGUUCCCAGUCAGGUACUGGCAGUGACCAAAGAAGACCUUUGAUGAAAACAGCCCCCUUCUGCUGUGAGCAGCGUCAUUUUGGUUUUGUGAUGGAUUCUGAAACCAUCCUGCAAAGAUUCUGGCUUCAGAAAGUUUCCCAAGAAGCCUCACUUUGAGGGCUUUCUCUGGCAGCGCUGGGGCAUCAGCCUCCUCCCAGAACAGGCAGGGAACCCCUGCUGUGAGUUUCUCCAGGUUCUCAGGCCCUGAUGUGCAGGCCGACUUGGCCCCACAGCCCCUCCUGGCUCCUGGGUUGUCACUCUCCCAGCUGACCCGCCCUCCCCCAGGGAGGAGGACCCAGCCUGAGUUGGCCAACUCUCUGAUCUGGACACCUGUCCCUCCCUGGAAGCCACACCCAGCCUAUCUUCCUCAUUCAGACUGCUUCUACGAUGGGCUGCUACGUGCCUGUAGCACUUGGAAGUCUAUUUCACCUGUGCAUUUGAACUUGAGGACGCUGGGUUCUAACACACGCAGGAGCCACGUGAGUCCCCUGCUCCCUGCACUGCACAGAGUCCUCCUCCCAAGGCCCCAGGACCAGCACCCCUAGUUAGGGUUAAGAUCAGGCCUCUCCUGCCAUCCCCGGUAGUUUCUCCUCUGAGACAUGGGCAACAGACAUUUUGGAGCCAAGAUUUCCCAUUUGGAUUUUUUUUAAAAACUUUCUUAGAAAUGCAUUUGAAACAGUGUGUUUGUUUGUUUUCCCUUCUAGUUAAGGGACUAUUUAUAUGUGUAUAGAAAAGUGGUCUCUUUUUGUUUUAUUUUUCCUUUAGUGAGGUCCGAAGAGAGCUGCACAAGGAGAUCACACCUUAGCCUGCCCAGGCCCCGGUGAUAACAGGUCGCCCCAGACUAACCUGUGUGCCAGGCCCUUGUGCGUGGCUGCACUCUGAGGUCAUUAUUUAUCAAGGUCUCCAGGGGUGCCCAAAGGGGGAUGGCUUGCUCCCUCAGUUUGCAGUCUCUGUGUCUCUGCUAGUUUUCCUCUUUCUCUGCACCCAGCCAGCCGCCGGGGGACCACCCCCUAAGGAGUAACGGUUGAAAACAUAGGCAUUAUUUGGCAAGAAACCACACAGCCCGAUGAGGGACGAAACUGGAACCAGGUGGAGCCGCGUCAGACAACUGGCACCACCCAUUCGGAGCUAACCUGUUGGAUGUUGAUUAACACACGGCCUGCGGGAAGGGGGACGAAGUGGCCUUCGAUGACCCCGUUCUGAAGUCUUUGCCUUUUUGAACCAAAUCCAAAGUAUGUUACAGGAAAGCUGCCCACUUGGCGUUUUCUGUGUCUUUUUGGGUUUUUUUCCCCUAAAGUAAAGGAACAGAACCUAGUGCUAGCAUCUCUUAUUUUUGAAUAGCACUGAAGUUAGUUUCUGAGUAAUCCAAUAACGGCAGGAACUUUGAUGGCAGCCCGAGUGUGUGUGGCUGAACAUUUCAUCUCCUUUGAUGGGCCCCGACUUCGUUCUGGUGCUCUGGAAGUUGUUCGCAGGAAAGGACUGUAAUUUUAAUUAAUGGUGCAGUGAGUUAAUCUCAUGCACUUUUCUGCUUCCAAGCAUUUUAGGAAAAACAAAUGGUUUUAGUAGAUAAGGGGAACCUAUUAAUGUUGUUUUUUGAAACUAACACAGGGACAUUUUUAUGACGGAUUUGAUUUUUUAAAUGAAUUUUUAAAAAAUAAUCUAAAUAGGACACCAAAGCUGCAGAGUUUUCUUUCAUUUUUCCUUUGUCCCCCUACUCAUGAUGGCAAAUAAAUGACCUGCAAUAUUUUUUAGCUCAUUUCAACCUGCAUCUUUUUUUAAUCCAUUGCCUAAAACUAUGCCAACUAGAAAACCAUCUCUGCUCCCUUUUCUCAAGUGAGAUCAGUGUUUUAUUUUUGCAUUAAAAUAGUUUCACUGUGAUUGCUAGCUUAUUGCGUGCCUCAACGCCCUCUACCUUGAAAUUGACAUUUUUUAAAAACUGCUACCAAGUGGCUGAUAAGUAAUGUGUGCUGUUCAAAGUUCAUGUAAACUGGAAAGGGUGUGUGUGGUUGCUGUUCAUUUUUUGGAUAGAUUUGGUUGUUUCGUUUUUUAAUUUUUAUACUUUCAAAUAAACUUGCCGUUUCAUUCUUUUUCUCGGUGCAAAUGGCUAUGGACACACUC